AUGGAGGCCAGACCAAUCCCAGCUUUUUACUGCUGCUACUUGCUACGCUCUACAGAACGUCAUUCAUCACUUUAUGUGGGCUCAACUCCAAACCCUGCCCGUCGACUCGCUCAACACAAUGGACUCUCCAAAGGAGGCGCUGUCCGCACAUCGCGGAACAACCUCCGGCCCUGGGAAAUGACAUUGUGUCUGAUGGGGUUCCCAUCCAAAAUUGCCGCUUUACAGUUUGAAUGGGCUUGGCACAACACCCAUAUAACCAGGAGAAUCGCCGAUGAGCAGCGCAUCACGACUCGAGAAACCAAAGUUCGGACCUUCACCAAGACAGGGCCUACCCGAAAACGUCCUGCAAGACCUCGAACGUCGCUCAUCGACAAGCUCUCUAACCUUCACCUACUCCUUCGAGUCCCGAGCUUUUCGAGAUGGCCUCUUCAGGUACGGUUUUUUUGCGAGGACGUCUAUCAGGUAUGGCAGGGUUGGAAUGAGAGAGUAGAUGGCAGCAUCAGGAGCGGUAUCAAGGUAUUGCUCGACCUGAAACAGCCAGAGGAAACCAUCAAUGACCGCGAACCCCUCAUGAGUACGCAAGCGAAAGGUAAGCGGAAGCGAGAGGCGUUAGGCAAGGGCGGCAUCGAGGGGCUGGACGUCGGAUACAGCAGGUUGAAGAACCAUGUACGGAAGAGCACUCUCUUCCUCACAAAGGACGAGGAUCUCAAAUGCGCAGUGUGUACAAAGAACCUGGGUCCGACGACAGCGAUGGCGCUACUUUGUCCUCAAGAGGACUGCAGGACAGCGUCACAUCUGACCUGUCUGGCGACCAAAUUCAUCGAAGAUGAAAAGGCGAGCGCCGCUGUUACACCAAUCUCUGGGAGAUGUCCAGGGUGCAAAGCAGAGCUCCAAUGGAUCGAUCUGAUCAAGGACUUAAGCCUGAGGGCAAGAGGCGAGAAGGAAGUUGCCCAGAUGAUGAAAAAGCCCAAAGAGCGCAAGACUAAAGUGCCAAAGACAAAGAACGCGGGGGCAUUACAUCUUGAAGCGCAUACUGUUAUAGAGGAUGUAGCCGAUCCAGACGAAGAUUUCGUGGAGGCUGACAUGCGCGCCCUAAAUGCUUCAGAUGAAUCUCUUCCAGACGAUUGGCAGUACCAAGAUGACGACGAUGAUGAUAUGAUGUCAGUGAUGAGUGGCCACUCUGCUCUCUCAGAUGGCGUUGACGCUGCGAAUGCCACGAAACGCUCCUUAACCGCGCCAAAGCUGCCAGCUGUGAUUGAGGACAGCGAUUGGGAUGAUGCAGAACCAAUCAAUUAG